AAAACAUUUACAGAAGUCAUAAGUCAAAAUUGAAAAUUAACAAAUAACAGAUGAUUUUGACACCAGGUUUUAUCUUGAAAAGUAUCAAUAUCCUAAAUAAACAUUUCAUUACAUGAAAACGGCAUCAGAGUAAAAUCAUUACUAUACUGGGACAAAAGCAAAGAUUUUGAACAAAUGAAAUAAUUGUAAUAUUAAAUUUUUUAUUUUCAUUGUCAUGUCUCAACAAAGUGAAAAUAUGGAUUUCUCUGGUUUAUUUAAAUUAGAUGUUCUUUUACAACAAGAUAUAGCAAACCACACUUUUUACGAAGUUGGAUUAAAAAAAUACCUGGCAGUUUCUAAUAACAAAGAAUUGAUAUUUUUGUACAUAAAUGCUCAGUCCGAAAGAUUCGACAGCAUAUAUGACUGGGAUUUUCUUGAUAAUCCAGUUUAUUGCAUGUGUUUUGAACCCAGCGGAACUUGGGUUUUGAUUGUCAGUGAUGAAAAAGUAUUGCUAGUGCCAUUUCUACCUUUGUUCAUCCCACAGUACACAUAUGACUGUAAGUGGUCCCUUUCAAGUGUCACAGUUCUGCCCCUUCUCGAUAUACCACAACCGACAUCUGUUGUUUGGUGGCUUACAAAGGAAUCCGAAAAUAUUAUUAUCAUAUCGUCUAAGAGUGGAAUCAUAACUUUUUAUUCCUUGGAGUCACAAAGUGUUGUUGGCGAAACAAGAGUGUCGGGGGAGGUUGUAGAUUUACAAAUUUGUUUUGACGAUUCCCUUGACUUGCUGGCUCUUCUCAUCUCCAAAGGACCAACACAGCAAUGGAAAUUGGUAUUAGAACAUAGAUCCCUUGGGUAUAACUGGCUUCAACAAAUUAGAGCUCAGAGCGAUAGAAAGGAUGGUUUCAUGUCUUAUAUCAAACAGUUGUCCAAAGACAAAAUAACAUUCUUUACACAAGGUGGAUCUAAAGGUGACAGUAAAAUCCAGACGGUGGAGUAUUUAUUGAAGCCAACAGAAUACUUACCUACAUUUCGUAAGAACUCAAACAGUUGGGCAUUGACAGCACAGUAUGUGAAUGGAAGACAUUUUUUAACAGCCUUUGAAUUAAACGAAGGCAUUAUUAUUCUUGAAAGCCCAGCGGAAGAUACACCAUCGAGAACUUUAAGACCUAAUAUAAAAAACGAUGGCACAUACAUACAAGGGUUGUGGUCGCAGAAAAUUAUAUAUUUGUUGAAAAAAAAUCACUUGGAGAUACACAGUACUCAAUUCUCACAGACCCAGGGUGAAGUAUUGUUAGGAGUGAAGAAAGAUAGUACAAUGCUUUGGUCGGCAGAUAUGAUGGGGGAAGUUAAACGGGCAUACCUAAUGUCUGCUAAGGAACCAGGUUCAUUACCUGGUGGAUGGAGAGUACCAACGUUCAUGUCGGACUUGCAACUGCCAAGAUUCAUACUGGAACCCUGUCUGAUUAUUACUACAAAUGGUGCCUUUGUUUUAAACACAGUGAGUUCUCCAUGCGAGUGGCUAGUUGGGCUGAUAGUUCGUGGCGGGUCGUGUGCUGAACAGUCGUGUGCUGCUCUGGGUACAGUCGUGCCGCCGCUGCUGCGAGCUGCCGCUGACCUGCUGCUGGCUCGCGGAAAGAUAGCUCCAGCACACUAUCUCUACACGUUAUCUCGUAGUCCGGCGGACGGCUGGGUGGCUCGUCUGGGUGUGUUCGGUCGUCUGCACGAGUUGUCGAUGUACAAACAAGCGGCCAACGUCGGCAAUCUGGGCAAUGCGGCAAUCACAGCAAAAUUACUGGCGUUGCUCCUUAAGAUUGGCACCAAUUGUGAAGAUAAUUUUGAUAUGGAUGUAAAGUUCACAAACUUAAGCCCGGUGGAAUUUCAAGAGCUGUCAUGUGUCGCUGCGUGUAUAGGACUGUGGGAGUUUGUUCCUAUAUUCAGUAUUCACAGAGGCAACCCUAUUUUACUAUUGAACGCCAUCAAAUCUAAAAGCGUUAUAUGUCGGGGCGCCAUCGUUGCCCUUUUGAAUCAAAAGUGCCUCGUGCCGGUGUUACUUGAGGAAAAUGGACAGUGGUUUUUUGAUUUUAUUGCUGAGAAAUGCAACAAGUUUGAUACAAUUAUAUUAAAGCGUUUGUGUCUAUGGUUAAAUCCUCUGCAGGAUCAGCUGAGACCGGUCAUGAGAGAUCUCAAACAAGGAAUAACAUCAAUAUAUACGACUCGGAUGCUUCAGUUGAUAACGACGUUUAUGCAUAUAGCGUGUGUGUUAGAGUCACGUGACCCUCGUUUGGACAUACAAACGAAUUUGACCCUUCAACCUGGCACAUGGGUUAGUUCGUUCACACCGAGACGGUCUCUGAGCUGUGGGCUUGGACAUUGGGGGUUGACUGAUGACGGAAACGCCAAGAUAAUGGCCGCGAACACGCCAGUUAACACGGAGCUCAUAGGGAAAGUAGUGGAUAUAGCCUGCGGAAGACAUCACACGUUACUGUUGACCGAGAAUGGGAUAUACGCUGCCGGUGAUAAUAGCUACGGUCAGCUAGGCGUUGGCUGCAGGUGGGGGGGAGCGGUCGGGGACGCGGCCAUCGCUUCUGGGGAGCUCCUACACGUGUCCUAUCAUUGGACGGCACCCCUCGUCGUAGUAUCAGCUGGGCACUACCAUUCAGCGGCGGUAGAUGUCGGCGGAAGGCUCUACACGUGGGGUUGGGGCGUCCAUGGACAACUGUGUCUGGGCAGCGUAGACGAUCAAUACAGUCCACGGUUGGUUACGAAGUUGCAAGGAAGAAAGGUGCUGAACGUGGGCUGCGGUUCAUGUCACACGGUGGUUCUGAUGAAGAACGGAGAGGUUUGGUCGUGUGGUGCCGGCGUGUUCGGACAAUUGGCCGCCGGGUGCAGGGAAAAGAGUUCUUUACCACUGAGGGUUCUGAUACAGGAUGCUGUGGAUGAUAUAGCUGUUGGCUACUUCCAUAAUCUGGCGUUGACUAACAAGAACCAGUUGUGGUGUUGGGGUUCGAGUCCGCAACAGCUACGAGCGGCGAGCGCCAAACGGAACGAAGAAGACAACGACGACGGAGACAGACAUCUGGCGCCGAGACUCGUCGACACCAGUCACGUGAGAGGGAGAAUAGUUAGAAUAGCAGCCGGUUGGCACCAUUCCUGUAUCAUCGACAACACGGGUACGCUGUACACUUGGGGCCUCAACUUCGAUGGACAAUUAGGGACCGGAGAUCGUAAGCAGGUGAAAAUACCUGUUGAGGUUAAGAUUCCCAACGAAAGCCAAACGGAGCCGAGAUCACCGGAUAAAAUCGAUCCUAAAGAAAAUAUUAAAUGUCUGGUCGCUUGCGGCGGAGACUUCACCAUAUUCAUAGACGACAAUGGAAAGAUUUAUUCCACCGGGAACAUGCACCUACAGGGUAACAAUGAAUUGGAGAAACUUAACAAUAGGAUCAUAAUGAUGAAAACUACGAAGAGGGUCAUCAAAAUACCGGCGGCGAGAAAUAAUAAGAAGUUCGUAUUCCAGGCAAUAGACUCUAUAGAUAUCAUGUUCCCGUUCGACAUUGAUGACAUCACAAGAAAAGACAUUGAACCGCGAAAGAAUCCUUUAGGUAAAAUAUCAGAUUUCCAGAACAAAUCCUGGGCUGACGACAUGACACUGCUUCUUAAACCGUGGAUCAACGAGGAUAUACUAUCUACAAAUAAAAAUAUGGCCGCUAAGUUGGCAUAUCACAGCGACAGACACUCGGACUGUUUGAGAUAUAUGCUCGAGAACCUAAAGAAUGAAGUGCAAAGCGACAGAUUGUAUCUGACACAUCAGGAUUCGGAAGAGAAAAAUGGAUCUGUAAAGAAAGACGAGGUGAAAAUUAUUAUCACCAACAUUAUAUCGCAGCGCAUCAAGGACGUAUCCUUGGCGAUCCUGAACGACGAGCCCUAUCCGGUGGUAGAGCCGAGUGUGUACCGCACGCUGCCCUGCUGUUGUGAUGAGAUGAAAUACACGAGAAAGGACAAAUCUGAAGUGACGACCCACGCUGUAGACCUGUCCAAACAGGCGGCAGACGUUAUAGACAAAUGUAUCAGCAUUUUCCCAGUGGACAGUGCGCUUUGGGAACAAUGUUUCCGUCUAGCCAAAGACUUUUAUGUCCAAAAUGAUCUGAUCGUUGCCGAACUGGAGACGGUUUUACGUAAAUACAUGGAAACCAACGCGACCACUAUGGCGGCGGCCAUAAUGUAUUCUGACGACUGCGCUCAGUACAGCGAAAUAUUAUCCCCAAAAUUCUACUUGAAUAUGUGCAGUGACAUACUAGACACAUGGGGUUGAGCAAUCUUUAAUCUAAUAAUACCUUGGAAAUUGAUACCUUGAUUUGGAAUUGAAGUUAGCUUAGAAUCACAUAUAAUAUGAAAUAAUUACGGGACACUACAUUAUAUACCUGAUAUAUUUUUAAUUUCUUCUUCGUCAUAUAUCUUACUGAAUGAAAGCUUGCUCUUUUAUAAAUUAUUUCUUACUAAAUGAAAGUUACGCUUGCUUUUUCCAUGAAUAUAAGUAGAUCGGAGUUAUAUUUUUGCAAUUGACAUGCUUGCCAUAUAAAAUUAUAUCAUUUCAAAAAUUAUUUCCCCACAUGGCCUUUCCAUAGUGUUAUUGUUAUGUACGUUACUCAAUAUCGCCAUUAUUUUUCUACAUUAGUCUGUUAUUGUUAUAUAUUUUCUUAUAUAUUUUUACAUUUGUUCUAGUCAGUAGUGAUAAUUUUCGCUCAUUAUACAUGUAUCAUUUGACCGUCCGAUGCCAUUCAAAUAAAUGUUACAAUUUCUUUA